AUGGAGGUGGGAACAGUUCUUGCUCAGUAUCAUUUCAUUGUCUUUUCUCCUGUGAUUUUGGAUCUGCUGGUUUCCAAGUUUGACAAAACCGGAGGCAAGAGCAAGGCCAUCGAAUAUGACAAUUUCAUUGAGUGCUGUCUCACUGUUAAGGGACUGACAGAGAAGUUCAAGGAGAAGGACACAGGAUACUCAGGCUCUGCUACUUUCAUGUAUGAGACCUUCAUGCUCACUGUCCUCCCCUUCCUCAUCGCAUAA